ACUAUGAUAGGCGGCGUUGAUGUAAGUGACCAGAUAAGGAAUGAUUACCAGUACAGCACCCUAUUCGUCGAGGCGGCUGGCAGGCAGUUGCUUGGAAUUCCUUGCUUGAAGUGAUUAAUACUGUGAAUAGCUUCCUUAUACAGUGUGUGGUAAGGCUUACUAGAAGUCUGUCAAGAAAUACUUUGAAUGGCGGAAAGCCGCUUUUGGGUUUUUGAUGAUGCUUCUUCUGAAAGUAUGUCGGCGGUAACUUAGGCGGCCAAGAUGCUAGAAGGAAGGAAGACAAGUGUGCGCGGUGCAAGUCGAGGGCCAGCCCGGGCUGCGAGGAUUCAAAAGAUAGAAGUGCUUGAGUUACACCAGGAGGUUCUUAGCAAGAGGCACCCCGACACGAUCUACAGCAUGGCUGAACUCGCAUCAACAUACAGCGCCUAGGGAAGGUACGACGAGGCGGAGAAGAUCGAAAUUGAAGUGCUUGAGCUACGCCAGGAAGGUCUUGGUAAGAGCCACCCCGAGGCGAUCAGGAGGAGCAUGGCUGAACACGCGAUAUCACACCAUGCCUAAGGGCACAAUGAUGCUAUUCGUAUGCUGUUGUUACAAGCGAACGUGGACCCGGACUCUUGCGACGGCAACAGCCGUACUUGGGCCGCUAGAAAAAGCUAUGUAGCUAUUGCACCUUUUCUCCUCUUGCGACCAAAAAGGUGGAUAUCAUUU